GAUUUCUCAGGAACAGUUAAAUCCCCUUUUUCCUAAAGCAGGUGUGUGGGAACCAACACUCACACGGAGCUGGCAAGGGGUCAGGGGCUUGUGUUUGCAAAACAAGCCCAUCAGGAGCUUCUUGGAGAGCCUGAAGUGUCCUCUCCAAGAAGUAAAACCUUUCUUGGGUUGAGCACUACCUCGGGAAAGAUGAGCCACGUGAGAGAUGCCUGAGGAUUCUUUGCUUACCCGGAGCUGAAAAGGGAAGGAAGGCACAGGAGGGAACACGAUCCAGCUCUAUAAAUACCUUCAAGAAGGCAUGGCAGAAGCCGUGGGCUCAAGCAGGGACUGCCUGCAGGCCGGCGAGUCGUGCACCACCGACCCCGUGUGCAGCGCCAAAUUCCGGACCCUGCGGCAGUGCAUCGCCGGGAACGGGGCCAACAAGCUGGGCCCCGACGCCAAGAGCCAGUGCCGGAGCACGGUGACAGCCCUGCUCUCCAGCCAGCUCUACGGCUGCAAGUGCAAGAGGGGCAUGAAGAAGGAGAAGCACUGCCUGAGUGUCUACUGGAGCAUCCACCACACCCUCAUGGAAGGAAUGAAUGUCCUGGAGAGUUCCCCCUACGAGCCGCUGAGCAGGGGCUUCGAUUACGUCCGCCUGGCCUCCAUCACUGCAGGGUCGGAGAACGAGGUGACGCAGGUGAACCGGUGCCUGGACGCGGCCAAGGCCUGCAACGUGGACGAGCUGUGCCAGCGGCUGCGCACGGAGUACGUGUCCCUGUGCAUCCGGCGCCUGGCCCGCGCCGACUCCUGCAACCGCUCCAAGUGCCACAAGGCCCUGCGCCGCUUCUUCGACCGCGUGCCCCCCGAGUACACCCACGAGCUGCUCUUCUGCCCCUGCGAUGACACGGCCUGCGCCGAGCGCCGCCGCCAGACCAUCGUCCCCGCCUGCUCCUACGAGGCCAAGGACAAGCCCAACUGCCUGGCGCCGCUGGAUUCCUGCCGGGAAAACUACGUCUGCAGGUCCCGCUAUGCAGAGUUCCAGUUCAACUGCCAGCCCUCCCUGCAGGCUGCCAGCGGGUGCCGGAGGGAGAGCUACGCUGCCUGUCUGCUGGCCUACACUGGCAUCAUAGGCAGCCCCAUCACCCCCAACUACAUCGACAACUCCACGUCCAGCAUCGCUCCCUGGUGCACCUGCAACGCCAGCGGGAACCGGCAGGAAGAGUGUGAGACCUUCCUGCACCUCUUCACCAACAACAUCUGUCUCCAAAACGCCAUCCAGGCCUUUGGCAACGGGACGUACCUGAGCUCGGCCGCGGCCCCCUCCAUCCCCCCCACCACACAGAUGUACAAGCAGGAGCGAAACGCCAACAGGGCCGUGGCCACCCUCCGGGAGAACAUCCUGGAGCACCUCCAGCCCACCAAGGUGGCGGGGGAGGAGCGGCUCCUCCGGGGCUCCACCCGUCUGUCCUCAGGGACCUCCAGCCCGAUAGCCCCUUCCCCCUGGGCAGCCUCUCCGCUCUGGAUUUGGCCUCUCCUCACUCCUGCCGUGCUGAGCCUCUCUGGGAUGUGAGGCAGGGCAGGAACGCGCCGGGCACGGACUCGAUUUGGUGUUGGUUUCUUUACAAAACAACCAGAGCAGUGACUUUUUCAGGAGGAGGGAGGGGAUGGGAAGGAGAGGUGCGGUUCGGGCAUCCCUCCCUCCUCCUCCUCCUCAUCCCUCUGCCAGUUUAUUUGAUUUUCUACAAUCGGCAUCGUCGACAACCGGCUCAUCCUUGGUCCUGGCCACCUUCCCACCCCACAGCUUGGUUGUUGACUCUCCAGCUCUCUGUGGAGGGGGUUGGAGCCAUGGACAGUCCCAUUGAAAAAGAGGAAGGAGAGAGUUGAUCCAGGACAUGGGAGCUGCAAAGGAAAUGCUUUUGCCUGCCCCAUCCAGAAGGGGAAAGACUUUGGAUGGAUGGAGGAGCCGUCAGGAGGUUUCCUGAAGCCCUGACUCGUGUUGGGGGGCUCUUGGCAGGACAAGUCAAGCGAUGUGGAGCUCAAACUGUCUCCAGGGAUGCUCAGGACCUGAAGGACAACCCACCUGGUUGCUUCAGACUGAAGAAACCAGAGCAGUGGUGAGAAGGUUGUUGGGUUCAUUCACCGGAGAGGAACCUGAAGCACCGCUGGGGUGGAGCAACUCAGCACGCUCCAAACUGGCUGGCAGGGAUUCUCCACCCUCUGGAAAAGCAGAGUACAACCAGCAUGUGUCUCCCAGCUGCCACCCACCCCUCAGGCCCUCCUUUUUGGGGAAACCUGUGUCAUGUGUUGCUGGUGUUCAGGAAGAAACACGUGUGUUGCGUUUUGUUCCCAGCUGGUUUUUCGUGUCCCGACCCGAGAAUCCCAAUCCUCUGGUCCUGUCAAGUGUUUGGGGUGGGAUGUUUUUUUUUGGUCACAUCCAAACAACCAGAGGCCAGUGUUGUCCCACUCCAAGCUGAGCUUUCUCCAUCAGGUAUCACUGUGUGAGCCCAACACAACCCACUCUCACGCGCUGCCUGUGCAUCCAUCAAUCUCAGUCUUCAGCCAGGGGAUUUCAUCAGUUUUCCUGGGAAGAGACAGGUAGGAGAGGUUAUUAGAUACCACCCUGAGGACAGAAAUAUCCAGGAAAGGCCAUGUCAUGGAUCAUGCUAUGGGUAGGGAACGCAUUGCUGUGGUUUCCUCUCUUUGGAGAACUCUCCUCACUUGUGUCCAGGUGACCAGGGAAAGGGCUUUUCCUCCUGCCAGCUCCUGUUUCUUCAGCCAAGAGGUCACUUGAACAAAGGGAAGGGACCCUUUGGACUGAGCUGCAGCCAGAGCUGGAGGGAGGUGGGGGUAAAUAUCUUUGGGGUGUCUUGGGUGGCUCUGGUGUGACCUGAGCAUCCUCUUCCCUUGAGCUGAGGAGUCCCAGGCCCUUCCUACAUCAAGCCAGGAAAGAGGAUGCAAGGAAGGGUGAGAAGGCUUCCCAGGAUAAAUGCUGAUCCAGGCUGGCUGCCAUGGGAGGCACAGGAAUAGCCCCAGAUUCUCCUGGAAUAUUGAGGCUUGGGAUUUGCAGCAGCCCAUUUCUCCCUUGGGUUGUGCUCCUCCAAGGAGCACCAUUAUUUCCUUAGCAUUUGGAUCCGUGGAAAGGUUUAGCAGCAGCUGACACAGAAGAAUCCAGUGCUUUUUGUUCCCAUUCCCUGCAGAACACCUCCCAUUGUUUCCUGCUGCAGAUUUUCCUGGGAAACUGCAGCAGCUUCCUUGGGCUUUAGUUCGACGUGGAACCUCUCUUGUUUGGAGCUGAACACCUGUGGGUGUGACAGACACGGACAGAAAUCCUCCUGGUGCACCCUGUCCAAAACUCCUGGUGUUCCUAAUCCAGGGCUGUGCAGAGGAACAUGCCAAGAUCCAAGGCCUGUGUCCAGGGUGGGAACAUGCCAAGAUCCAAGGCACGUGUGCAGG